CUUGGAUCACCCUCCCAGCCAGGCAGCUGUCAACUGAAAGUAGAGAGCUCAGGUGGAUUAUCACAGAGCUUCUGGAAGAACUCCCAAACUUGCAAGAGUGGUUGUCCUGAAUAAGAAGAUAUGAAAGAAUACACACUCCUUCUCUUUUUGGCUUUGUGCUCUGCCAAAUCUCUCACUGGUCCUUCCUAUUUCACACUAAAGAAUAUGAUGCUCCAAGACAUGGAGGACGAGGACGAUGACGACGAUGACGACAAUUCCCUGUUUCCAACCACUGAACCCAUUAUGCCGCUAAUUCCUUUUGAUCUGUUCCCAACAUGCCCCUUUGGAUGCCAGUGCUAUGUGAGGGUUGUCCACUGCUCUGACCUAGGUUUGACAUCAAUUCCUCGCAACAUCCCGCCAGAUACCCGGAUGAUCGACCUCCAGAACAACAAAAUUAAAGAGGUCAAGGAAAACGACCUCCAAGGACUCACAUCACUCUAUGCACUGGCUUUGAACAACAAUAAAAUCUACAAGAUCCAUCCCAAAGCCUUUCAACCCACAAAGAGGCUCCGACGACUGUACCUGUCCCACAACCAGCUGACUGAGAUUCCAACAAAUCUGCCCAGAACGUUGGCAGAGCUCAGAAUUCAUGCUAACAAGGUCAAGAAAAUCCCCAGGGAUGUAUUUAAAGGAAUGAAGUCUCUGCAUGUUUUAGAAAUGAGUGCAAAUCCUCUGAACAAUGAUGGAAUAGAGCCCGGGGCUUUUGAAGGAGUAAAUAUCUACCAUAUAAGAAUUGCAGAAGCCAAGUUAACUUCAAUUCCUAAAGAUUUGCCCUCCAGUCUCCUGGAGCUUCAUUUAGAUGACAAUAAGAUCACAGGAAUUGAACUCGAGGAUUUUAACCGUUACAAAGAUCUUCAAAGGCUGGGCCUUGGGAAUAAUAAAAUCAAAGAUGUGGAAAAUGGAAGUUUUGCCAACAUACCAAGUAUCCGUGAAAUCCACCUGGAAAAAAACAAGCUGAAGAAGGUUCCUCCUGGAUUACCUGAACUGAGAUACCUGCAGGUGGUGUUCCUGCACUCCAACCACAUCGCAAAGCUGGGAGUGAACGAUUUCUGCCCCACGGGCCGGAGGAAGAAGAAGGCUCUGUACAGCGGCAUCAGCCUCUUCAACAACCCCGUCAAGUACUGGGAGGUCCAGCCCUCCACCUUCCGCUGCAUCUUAGCCAGGAACAGCGUCCAGCUGGGCAACUUCCUCAAGUGACCCCCCAGCCCCUCACUGCAAACAGCAACUUGGCCAAAGCAGUUCUACAAUACUUGAAAUUCGCAGCAAAAAUGCCGAUUUUACACUAUUUAACCGUUUACAAAGUAUCUGCUAUGUCCGAGGUAAUUAAUUAGAAAUGGUAUGUUAAGUAGGAUCCAUUGUAUUAUUUGACAAUGUUCAACCUACAUUUGAAUAAUUUAAACAGAAGUCUUUAUAUCUUACAGAAGAACUCUUGGAAGUGGAACUGGAAACUGUAUUUGACGUUUCCUAUUGUAGAUAUUAAUUCUUUCCUUAAAUCACAUAGUUUUGACAUAUUCCUUCUUUCAAAUAAAUUCUAAAAAUCACGUGGAAGUGACUUUUUCCACGGUAAGGACCUUUUCCUCUCCCAAAGUAUUGUAAGAAAAAUUGCAAAAAAAAAUUAUCAGACUUCAAGGACAACUUCUUGUGCCAUUUUUGAUAAUGAGCAAAGAUGCAAUAAAAAGAUAUGGUAUCGGCAGGUCGCUGUCUCUAAGCUAGAAUAUAUUUUUAUAAUCUAUUAAGUGAGAUAAAGGCAGGUUUCACAUAAUGAACAGACAAAAAGCCCUUAAAAGUUUUUGAUAAUUUUCUCUUGCAACUUCAAGAGGAAAAUGUCCUUCAGUGUUUUACUAUUCAUAGAAUUCGAUGCAGUCCGAAUAUUAAAAAGUAGGAUUCAAGAUUUAUGAUACGCUUCAAGCUUAAUAGGAAUGACUAUUAAACUCCCUUUAGGCCAGCA